CAAAAGAUAACUUUAAUUCCAGGCCACAUACCAAGUUUAGCCACAUUAGAUUAGUUCUUAGUAGUAACUUUGUACUUAACAGAUUUAUUACAAACUACUCUAACUAUGCCUUCUGUCAGGAGAUUGACUCCAGUGCAAUUGAUCGAGAAGAAACGAGAUGGUAACAAAUUGAACGAAACUGACAUCGAGACCUUUGUGCGGUCUGUGGUUGGAUCUGAGGGCUUUGAGAAAAUGGAGGACGCCCAGAUCGGAGCAAUGCUCAUGGCGAUAUUCUUAAAAGGACUCGAAUUCGUUGAAGCGAAGUGUCUGACCGAGUACAUGCUGCUUUCGGGCGACGAUCUCAAGUGGGACGCGUCGCCUCCAGUCGUAGACAAACACUCGACCGGAGGCAUCGGCGACAAAGUGAGCAUUCCAUUGGCACCCAUGCUGGCAGCGGCAGGAGCCAGAGUGCCUAUGAUUUCUGGGAGGGGUUUGGGUCAUACUGGAGGCACGCUGGAUAAAUUGGACUCAAUUCCUGGAUUUACAGCUGAAAAAAGUUUGCAGCAGAUCCAAAACGCAGUCAAUGAAAUUGGGUGUAUCAUUGUGGGCACCACUGACGAGAUCACGCCCGCAGAUAAGAUCAUCUACAAGUUCAGAGACAUCACAGGCACUGUAUGGAGAAAUGAACUCAUUUACGCGUCUAUUCUGAGCAAAAAAGCGGCUGAGGGCGUGAAGCACUUGGUGCUCGACCUCAAAUGUGGCAACGGUUGUUGGCUCGACACUGUGGAAAAAGCGCAAGAAGCUGCCAAGGAUUUCAAAAAAAUUGCCACUGGACUGGGCAUCACUUGCAUAUGCAUGAUCACCAACAUGGACACGCCUUUGGGUUUCUGCGUGGGAAACGCCCUCGAAAUUGAAGAAUCGAUUGAUUUUCUGAAGAAGAACAAAGCACGAGCGCAGGAUCUGAAGGAAAUUGUCGUUGCUCAAGGGGCGGAACUGUUACUUUCAAGUGGGUUGUGCGCUUCGAUCGAAGUAGCUAAAGAAAAGAUGCUGACCACUAUCGAAGAUGGGUCAGCUCUGAAGAAGUUUGAGCAGAUGAUCAUUGCUUCUGGAGCUUCUGCCGAAGUCGCCGCCCAGCUGUGUUCAGAUCGAACCGACUGUUACUCGUGUCUUCCCCAAGCGAAAGAGAAACAUCCCAUUUUAGCUUCAGCUUCUGGUUACAUUAGUGGGAUACAGGCGCUUCCUGUGGGACAGGCGUGCAACUCACUGGGAGCCGGACGGAAGAGGAGUGCAGACUCUCUCAACUACGGAGUGGGACUUAGAUUUCACAAGAAAUUAGGGGACCGGGUGGCAAAAGAAGAAGAAAUAGCAACUUUACAUGCAGACAAGGAAGCCGGGGAUGAUGAUGAUGUGAUGCACGCAAAACACGAUAUUCAAAAUGCCAUUACAAUCUCAGAAGAACCACCGGAAUCUCAAACGCUGGUCUACGAAAUAUUGAAGUAAUAAGUAUGCUAAAUCUGUAAUUAAGUGUAUAGGCGGCCAAAUUAACGUUUUGUACUUAUAGAUUUCUUUAGCUAUUGCUCCCCUGGUACCUAGUUGCCAUCCCGACCUGUCACCUCUCAAAGAACUAAUUCAACAGUUAAGCAUACUUGAAUUUGGUAUCUGGUAACGAAUU